AUGGAUAACCAGCCAUCGACCAGCGGGCGCCCCGCCGGAGGGGGGACAAAGCACAGGAGGGGGGAUUCUGGGGCCUCUGGAAUGGAGGGGGGGGGCAUGGAGGGAACACUCGACAUGAAGAUAGAAAUCUUAAGGGCGGCGGGGCUGACACCGAGGCCAAUGACGGCUCCCGGGGAGCCCAGGGAGAGCCUGGCGGUGUUGAUUGCAGAGCAGGAACGGAAGCGAAUCCGAGCAGCGGUUGCCCGUGUUGAGAGCGGCGUCAAACCGUCCCUUGAACCGGACCCCCCUCCGAGCCGGCUAAGGCGCACGCGGCGGCACCGGGACUCGGAGGAUAACGAGGAGUACGAUUCUGACGAGGGGCAGGAAAAGAAGCCGGUGCGAGCACCCAUCAAGAACUGGGCCAAAGGGAACCUGCUGGGGGCGGGCGCGUUUGGCAAGGUAUAUUUGGCGCUGAACAAGGACACGGGGCACCUGUUUGCGGUGAAGCAGAUCGAGUUUGCGAGCGGGCACUCGCGCAGCGAAAAGGAGAUGGCGGCUCUGGAGAACGAGCUGGAGCUCCUGCGGGGGCUCUGGUCGCCGUACAUCGUGGGGUACCUGGGAACGGAACGGACGGCGGAAGCGGGGGAGAACAUCCUCAAUAUCUUUCUUGAAUACAUGCCCGGAGGCAGUAUCGCGAAUCUGAUCAAACGAUUCGGGGGCCGCCUGGAAGAGCCCACGAUACGGAGAUACACGCGGAGUAUCCUGCUGGGGCUGGAGUACUUGCACGGGCACAACAUCGUGCACUGCGACAUCAAGGGCGGCAACAUUCUGGUGGACAGCCAGGGCAACGUCAAGCUCGCCGACUUUGGCGCGUCCAAACAGAUCGCGAGCCUGCUCGCGAGCAGCGGCGGCGAGGCGGCCGCCAAAAGCCUGCACGGCACGCCCUACUGGAUGGCGCCCGAGGUCAUUCAACAAAACGGGCAGGGCACUCCCUCUGACAUCUGGUCAAUGGGGUGCACCGUGAUCGAAAUGGCGAGCGGCAAGCCCCCCUGGAGCGAGAUCGCGAACCCGUUCGUUGUGCUGUACCACAUCGGCUGCUCCAACGACACGCCAGUACCGCCAACUGAGCUCUCGCCAGCUGGCAAGGACUUUCUGUCCCACUGCAUGCAGAGGGACCCUGCGAUGCGCUGGUCGGCAAAGCGCCUGUUGCAGCACGAGUUUGUCACGCCCGCUCCCACCCCGCGCCGCUCACUCAGCUCCUCCGAGAACCUCGAAGCAGAAGCUAUAGGACUCCUGCCCACUUCCUCAAGCGGGGGCGCCCCGCUAGAAGGUUCCAGCGCGCCAAACGGGCGCCCCAAGUCGUCGCCGCGCGCGCGAAGAGCGGCUACCGAGGCGGGGGCUUCUUCUGCGGCGCCCGCAGAAAAUGUUGACCAGGCCGGGUUUGUGCCUGGUCAGCCGAGACCCGGUUCCGCCUCCCGGUCAAAUGGCGAGAAGCCACGUGUCGAGCUCCCGACCAUGGUGCCCUCAAACCUCAAAACCCUGCGGCCGCCGUCGCCCGGCGGGAAGCCGCUCUCAAUCGCCGUCCCCUCGAGCUUGCCCGUCAUAAGCUCGCCGCCGUCCCCGUCUUCGGGGGGUCCAAACUCGGGCAGAAACACCCCCACGUUCGGAACGAACGCGCUGGACCACACGGAGUUGACGAGCAAGUUGCGAGGGCCGUCCUCGCUGAGCCCGACCAGCGUGAAGGCGACCAUCAGCCCCAGUUUUGCAAUGAACGGGUCGCCCAGAACUAGGGAAGGAAACACUGCAAAUGGGUCGCCGCGAGCCAAAGAGGUGAGCAUUGCAGCAGACUUUGACAUGGGGAUAGCCAAUACGGGGAGGACACGUGCCAGCACGACGUCCGUCCUCCCAAGCCCCUCGGUCACGCUUCCCGAAGUGACCUCGCCAAAAGGUUCGUCGCCCAAAGGCAGCUCUAAGCUUCCAAGAGUCGACGGCCGUCUAGAGAUCUCCGGGACGCCUACCAGUCCCCAGGGCCCGCCGGGAACGUUUAAGGGUACCCCUAGCCGCUUCGCGGAGCCCCAGCCAAAUCCGACCCGUCUAGAGAGUGCGCUUUCGUCCAGCGCGUUGCCCGUCAGCCCGGGAAGGACUAGAGGUUCGCUGCUUCCCAACGAGGAGCGGCGCCCGAGAGCAGAGAGCGCGGGAGUGUUGGAGGGCAAUGCUGACGUGGCGUCACGUGUCAGGGCCGCGAUCUUUGGGGGGGUUGGCGGGGGUUUGACGCGCACCCAGAGCGACCAGGUCGUUGGGCGGGCGGGCUACGGGCGGCCGUCCGAUGACCGCCUCAACAGCACGAUCGACGGCCCACAGCACAUGCAGAAGCGGGAGUCGAGCGAGAUCGGCUCGCGCUUACGGGCGGCUGUUUUCGGGUCGGAAAAGAGGGUUAGCACCGCUAACGACGCGGGUCCCGGAGCCAAGCGCCCCAGCAGCCGCGAGCGCGCGGGAGAAGGGUUUAGGGUUUCGGGCGCGGAGGAGUGGGGCGGUCAGAGGCGGCGGUCGAGCGGUGGGGAAUACGGGACGGCGCAGGAGACCGCGGCCGCGUUGGAGGCGAGCUGGAUGAACGGGUUCUUGUCGCCGCCCAGAACUGCUGGCUGGAUUGUGGUCCGUUCCGACAGCGGUUCCGGUUCCGGCGGCAGCACUCCGCCGCUGUCCGCUCCAGUGGUCGCCCUGCCCACCCCCUCGCAGCGCAGCCGCCGCAACUCCCUCGAGCCGCUCGCGCCCAUCACCAGCCGCGAAAACACGCCGCGCGCCGCCAGCUCGUCUGGCCAGAACACUCCGGGGGGCUCCAAGUACUUCUCCAACUCCCCCCACUCGUAUGCCUCCACGCCGCACGGCCUGCCUCGCAGUGCCGUCCCCUCCCCACGUCUGCCCGCUGGCGCUAACAACGUGUCGCCCCUCCCUCCGUUGGCGCCUCCCUCUCCUGCGGUGCUGCCGCUCGACUCUUCUGGUUUCCCGCGCCCUGCCGCGUCGCCGGACGGUGACGUCAGCAAAUGGCCCCGGCGGCGGUCGUCAGGUCUGGAGGCGGUCCCGGAGGUGACGUCAUCCGUGGAGCACGGCAAGGCGCAGAAGUUGCUGCGCCGCCCCAGCAAGCGCUACCUGUUGACGGAGGACCACGCCGACAGCCCCGUCAGCGAUCCGGGGCUCGACGCGCUCGCGACGCCGCCCGCGGCCGCGCCCGCGCGCCGCUCGAGCUCAGCCGGCGCCGGCGGUGUUGGCUUCCCAGUAAAGAGCUCCGGAGAUGGGCGCACGAGCGCGCGCGCACGAGACACCGCACGGCGGCGCAGCAGCGCUGUGAGGGUCGGGUUCGGCGACGAGAAUGACGUCGGCAACGGGCCGGGGCCGAGCGGGGCAGCUAAAACUAGGUCGAACCAGAUUUUGAUUCCGGGGAUGGAUGGCAACGAGAUCGUCAUGGGGUGGGGUAAGAGCGAGGAUGGGUUAGCGGGGGAGGUUGCGGAUAACCCGCGCUUAAGUGGGCUCUCAGACGCUUCCACGUCCGAACGAAGUAGCAGGGUUUCGCGGCAGAGCCGCCGCACGACCCGGUCCAAGCAGCGCGACUCGGACGCGUCCGAGAGCGGUGUGAAUACGCUGCCGAUCGUUUCGGACGAGGCUGCCGGCAGUUCCGCAACGGAAACGGAGUCCGAGCGGACCGGAACGGAAGUGGAGAAGAAGCAUAAGAAGUUGAUGAAGCGGACGAAGCGGACGAAGUCUUCCAGACUGUUGGAGACGGAUGUUGCGGAACCGGAGGGGACGGUAGGGCGGAAGAGUUCCGUUCUGGAAAAGGCAGCGGAACGGCGGACUUCGUCAUAUCCGCCGGAAGCCCCUGUGGAUACCGGGUUCGAUAGAACGUCGGAGUGCGCGUUCGAGGCCGGCGAGUGGGCGUGGACGUCAAUGGGCAUGCGGGGACUGGGCCACUCGGGUUCCGUCAACUGCAUGACGGAGAUGACGUCAGCGGUGGGCGCGAGCGCGAAGGGCGACUGGAUCGUUACCGGGGGUGUCGACCACAACCUCAUGGUUUGGGACAUGCACGUGGGCACGUGCGCGGCGACGCUGCGUGGGCACAGCAAGGAGGUGGAGUGCGUCGCGGCGGAGAAUGGGCUCAAGGUCGACAGCCACGGCCCGCUUGUGGCCAGCGGCAGCGCGGAGGGGGCCAUCCGCCUGUGGGACAUCCGCAGCAAGACGGCCAUCAAAGUGCUGAGCAUCCACAAGGACCGCGUCGCGUCCCUGGUGAUGCGUUCCGGCGUGCUAAUCAGCGGAAGCGACGACGGAACGGUGGGCGUGGUCGACCUGCGGCACCUCAAGUCCGACAAGAGCCACGUCAUGCGGGGACACCUGGGGCCGGUCACCGCAGUCCAGCUCAACGGCGGCAACUACGUCGCGUCGGGGAGCACGGACCGGACGAUCCGGCUGUGGGAGAUCAACCCCGCGGUGGGCGACAAGGCCGACAGCACGGUGCGCGCGCGGGGCGCGCUCGCGGGCCACCUGGGGCGCAUCACCGCGCUGGCCAUGGACGACACACGUGUCGCCUCGGGGAGCAGCGACUACACCAUCAAAGUGUGGGCCACAGCCAAGUCGGCCGCGGAGCCCAAGACGCUCGUCGGACACACCAAAACGGUGAACGCCCUGGCGAUGGUGGGCAGUGUCAAGCCCGGCAUGAGCCAGCUGCUGCUGUCGGCCUCCGCGGACAAGACCGUCAAGCUGUGGGACCUCGCCACCGGCAAGUGCACGGCGACCGGGCAGGGGCACUCCAAGAACAUCACGUGCCUCGCGUCGACCGCCAAGGGCCUGGCCAUCACUGGCGGUGCGGACAAGGCGCUGCGCACGUGGGCCGUCCAGAAGACGGGGAUGCGACAGCUGGCAGUGCUGGAAAAGCACGGGGCGCCAAUCACGUGCUGCCACGUGGGGCCCAGCGGUUGGGCCGUCAGCGCGGACAAAGAUGGCGUUGUGUGUUUGUGGAAGCCUGGCCAAGUAGUAUAGCGUUAUCCACACACGCAUAGGACGGAUCGACUUGAGGAUUGUGACCCAAGGCGGGCUCUGGAGUAAAAGCGGGCACUUCGAAUUGAAGUCGUCGAAAGAUCGCUGCUGUUGAGAAAAAACCGGCGCGGAACCUUAUAGCUGUAGACAUGUGCCCCAAAACAGACGGACGCAAGCGUUGCUUAGUAGGAGUGGAUGCUGGACCAGUUCUAGAGCAGGCAGCGCAUCAGCCUAGCAGGAAGUAAUGAUCGUAGCAUUUCAUACGCCGAAAGGGUGUAAUGACAUCACAUGAUCGAUCACAACAUCGUAUACUUUGAUUAUUAAGCAGCGGAGCUGACCCAGAGGAGGGAAAUGAUAGCUAGAUAGCAAAACACGGGAGCACGCAUUCAGGGCUGUUGAGUAAUGAGUUGCUUUACUGGAUCGAUAGAACGGUAUAAUUACUGCGUAGCGCGCUGGUCCUAAUGAUUAGACUGACAAUGCUCGAACAAACGUUGGUUGCGGGCGGGCCUCGCUUGCUUGGUUCUUGUUUGUUUAUAAACUG